AUGACAUGUGAAAACGGUUCCAAAAUAGAUGAUGACGUGUCAGUGGAGUUACGAGAGGUGUUGCUUGAGUUUGCUGGUUUGAUGCCAGAGGAACUACCCCUUGGUUUGCCACCCAUGAGAGAUAUGCAGCACCACAUCGACUUUAUGCUAGGGUCAAGCUUGCCGAAUAGACCAGCUUAUUGCCUCAGUCUGAAGGAAUCUGAAGAGUUGCAACGCCAAGUGACAAAGUUGCUGAAAAGAGGUUACAUUCAUGAGAGCAUGAGUCCAUGUGCAGUUCCCGUGCUCUUUGUUCUGAAGAAGGAUGGAUCGUGGGUGCACAGUCGAGGGGAUAAAAUUACUCCCUUUGUGUCACAGUUCUUUAGGAAGAAGAAGGGUAAAGUUGGGAUCUUUGAAUGGAAGAGCAUGGAAGAGGAUAGAGGCAUAAGGGUGUUCUAUUUCAAAGGACACGUGGCAGUAGAUGAAGUGGUGUUAGUGAGGUGCAUUCCAGCUGGGGCACUUUACAGGGGUUAUGCGGUGCGUUUGGGGCUAGCCUAG